AUGUGGAAGCGGGUAUCCAUAUUCAUCGUGCUGCCAAUGUUAAUCAUGCAGAUAAACAGUAUUCAAUGGUUGGGCAUGCAGAAAGCGGCCGGCAAAGUGGACUGGAACGACGUGGGCGUCUGCCGGACGUUGCGCAAAACCUACGGACUGGACUCGCGUCAAGCGCGCAUUUGCAAGUCUUGGCGUCCAGUCAUGCAGCACGUUUCCCGGGCCGCCGCCUUGGCCGUGGUCGCUUGCCAGUCGGUCUUGCAAAACAGACGGUGGAACUGUUCGUCGGUGCGGUCCGCGCCGGGACUCACGCCGGAGCUGGUCAAAGGCACGAAAGAACAGUCGUUCGCGUACGCACUCAGCUCGGCCGCUCUGACGUACACCAUGACCAGAGACUGCGCGUCCGGAAUGCUGCCGAGCUGCGGGUGCGGCACCCACCCGGAAGACACGGAUGGCACGUUUAAGUGGAGCGGGUGCGACGACAACGUUCGGUGGGGCGCCAAGUUCGCCAGACAGUUCGUGAAGAACGAAAUCCCUUUGGCGUCGGGUGAAUACAAUGGCGACGGCGACGAAGACUUGUCGGUCAACGCCAACGAAGAUGCGGUACAGCGCGAACAGAGAGCUAUGUCUAUAGUCGACGAACACAAUUACAAAAUAGGCCGAAAAGUGGUCAUGUCAAGUGUGAAAACCCAUUGCAAGUGUCACGGCAUGUCGGGAUCGUGUAACGUGAAAACGUGUUGGAGGGGUCUGCCGAACAAAUUCAUUGGGGUGGGCAUCAAAUUGUUGAAACUGUACAAUAAAACACCGUUGAAAGUGGAAAUGGUUCAAGUCAUUCGAUUCGGACUUCCAAAACACACAGACAGUUCAUUGGUGUAUAUUACCGAAUCUUCAGAUUAUUGUAAUUAUGACCAGAGAGUAGGCAGUUAUGGAACAGUCGGCAGAAAGUGUAACUCCACAACAAUCGGUACUGAAAAUUGUCUAGCCAUGUGCUGUGGCCGAGGCUACACUACACAAACUAUUGAACAGACGGAGCGCUGUCAAUGCAAAUACCAUUGGUGCUGCUAUGUAAAUUGUCAAAACUGUACUAGCCUGGUAAAAAGGCAAAUCUGUAAUUAA